CUCAGAGCUCAGGGAUAAACUCAGUUUGUUAAGCCUGCUUUCUGAAACAGGGCCCUGGACCAUGACAGGUAACGGUUAUCAACAGUACCUGCUGGUUUGUGGAUGAACUUUGUCAACACCUCACUUUUGUCAAAUCUCAAAUGUGCCAUGAUGAAACCCUGUUAUGUAAUGCUAGUUUCCUACCUUAAUUUGCCCUCAACCAUCUUGCCCCUCUCCUUCCCACUAUGUGUGGGAGAAACAAGUCAAGGAGAGAUGACAAAGAGACUCACCCAUGUUUUCUUAUUAUAUUUGCUGUACUUGCAGCACCAUUAAGCCAUGAUGUUAAAUAAUUAUGUGCAUGUAUAAAUUGGAAACCACCUUCAUACUGAAGUUUUAUCUUCGGCACUUAACUCAAGUUUCAUUGUUUCUUACAGAACCAACUUGUCAUUCAGGAUGGAGGAUGGAUUGAAGAAGCAAAAUUCCUCUGCACAAUCUGCACUGCAGAGCGGACCCUUUAGGAAACAGUUGGCCACCUUAUGAGCGAUGGACGAAAUCUACGCCAAUGUUGAACAUGACAAACCUGUUGCCCCAAGACCUUCACCAAAUCGGAAAGGUCCCAGUAGCUCAGAGAGAAGAUUUCAUGGAGCUGUUGUUCUCUGUCUGGGGCUGCUGAGUGUUUUCCAGCUGGCUGGGCUCAUCGGCCUCGCUGUCCACUCUGCAGAUCUCUCAGCCAUCAAAGCCAACCUGACUGAGCGUCUCCAGGCCAGCGUCAACAUGUCAUCUAGUCUGACUCAAGAGAGAGAUCUGCUGAACAUCAGCCUUGUUGAAAUGACUAGAGACUUGAACAAGCUUCAGAAACCAUCUUGUCCUGUUGGAUGGAGGAUGUUCAGUUGCGCCUGUUAUUUCCUCUCUAAUGAGUCUGGUUCCUGGGAAAAGGGUAGAGAGGACUGUAAAACCAGAGGAGCAGAUCUGGUGGUCAUAAACAGCUCUGAAGAACAGAAGUUCCUCUCUAACUUCACCAAGGAAGAAAUUAUGGCUUGGAUUGGUUUGACUGAUCGUAUCAAGGAGAAGACCUGGAUGUGGAUUAAUGGAGCUCCUCUGUCUCUACAACCUUUUCUGUAUUGGCGGAGUGGGCAACCUGAUAACAAUGGAGGACAUCCUUCUCUUGGGGAAGAGGACUGUGCCCACAUCAUAUAUGGAGGGGAGGGAAACAACUGGAAUGAUUUGUCAUGUGAAACCAAUAUGAGAUGGAUCUGUGAGAAAAUGGUUUAGCAUUGGUGCAUUAUUGUGUGUUUGCUGCUUCUACUGCUUCUAUAUUAUAUUUAAACAUAAUUCCUUUGCACAAGUGUGUAAGGUUUCAUACAAUUUUACUCACAGGGGGCGCUACAGUAACAUUAAUGAUAUUUCUACAAUUCUGGGAAUUUGGUGCACAAGUUCACCAUAAGCAUGUGCACAACAAAGAAGCAGGACAUCUUGUGGCCAGUUAAAAAAUACUUUGUGUUUUGGUGAAUAACUCCUGAACUGUGAGGCAAAGACAAAGCAAGAGAUUCUCAAAGGUGUACCUGUGUCCCUUGUACUUAGUGUGAAAAUGCACAACUGUAUAUGUUUUGACAAAUUACAGAACUUUGAUUAAUGUACACAUCAAUCACCAGAAGCAGCUGCAGAGGAUGAAGCAACCACAUGCAUUUUCUUCUAGGAAUGAAAAUAUUCUAGUUUGGAGAUUAAAAGUUUGUAAAUUGUUUUUAUUGUAAAGUAGAAAUAAUGAAAGACAUUUGGAAUGACAUUUACCUACAAAUUAUGGCUCAGAGGAUAAUAAAGACAAUGAUUUAUAAA